AUGUCUCUUUCUGCCGGUUCCGAGUUCCCCAAGGGCGUUAAGUUCGCCUAUGUUCCCUUCCAAGAGGAGCAACAAGGUGUUCUUGCUUGCGGUAUCCCAAUUCCCUAUGAUACUGACAAGAAAUUCGCUGGUAAGAAGGUUGUAAUUGUCGCAGUUCCCGGUGCUUUUACUCCUACCUGUACUGCCAACCACAUUCCUCCUUUCAUCUCCAAGCUUGCCGAGUUCAAGGCCAAGGGCGUUGACCAAGUAAUUGUCCUUUCUGCCAAUGAUCCAUUUGUCCAAUCUGCUUGGGGUAAGGCUCUUGGUGUCAAGAACAACGACAUCAUCUUUGCUUCUGAUGGUAAUGCUGCUUUCUCCAAGUCAAUUGGUCAAACUCUCGACUUGACUGACAAGGGCUUGGGCAUUCGUACUAGCAGAUACGCCAUCAUUGUCGACGAUGGCAAGGUUGUUUACAACGAGCAAGAGCCUGGUGCUGAUGUCAGUGUAUCCGGAGCCGACGCUGUUCUUGCCAAGCUCUAA